GGAUAGCUCCAUUAGGUGAGUCGGCAAAUGGUGCUAUAUAAGAAGGCUGCUUCUUCCCCAAACCCUUCAUCAUUCAGAUUUCAGAGGCAAAACAAAUCCAUUCUGUUGAAGCUUUUCAAAUUUCUCUCUCGCUCUCAAGAUGCAGAUCUUUGUGAAAACCCUCACAGGCAAGACUAUUACCCUCGAGGUUGAAAGCUCCGACACUAUCGACAAUGUCAAAGCCAAGAUCCAAGACAAGGAGGGAAUUCCCCCAGACCAGCAGAGGCUGAUCUUUGCUGGCAAGCAGCUUGAGGACGGCCGGACACUUGCUGACUAUAACAUUCAGAAGGAGUCCACUCUCCACUUGGUGCUCAGACUCCGUGGUGGCAUGCAGAUCUUUGUCAAGACUCUCACAGGGAAGACCAUCACCUUGGAGGUCGAGAGCUCUGAUACAAUCGAUAAUGUCAAGGCAAAGAUCCAGGACAAGGAGGGCAUCCCCCCAGAUCAGCAGAGGCUCAUCUUUGCAGGCAAACAGCUAGAGGAUGGCCGCACCCUUGCAGAUUACAAUAUCCAAAAGGAGUCCACCCUUCACCUGGUGCUUCGUCUCCGUGGUGGGAUGCAAAUCUUCGUGAAGACCCUUACUGGGAAGACAAUCACCUUGGAGGUGGAAAGCUCUGAUACAAUUGACAAUGUGAAGGCAAAGAUCCAGGACAAGGAGGGUAUUCCCCCUGAUCAGCAGAGACUCAUCUUUGCAGGUAAACAGUUGGAGGACGGAAGAACUCUUGCAGACUAUAACAUUCAAAAGGAGUCGACCUUGCACUUGGUUCUCCGGCUGCGUGGUGGAAUGCAAAUUUUUGUGAAGACUUUGACAGGGAAAACAAUUACUUUGGAAGUGGAAAGCUCGGACACAAUUGAUAAUGUCAAGGCGAAGAUUCAGGACAAAGAAGGCAUUCCUCCAGACCAGCAGAGGCUCAUCUUUGCAGGAAAGCAGCUUGAAGACGGUAGGACACUGGCAGACUACAACAUCCAGAAGGAGUCGACUCUGCAUUUGGUGCUCCGUCUACGUGGUGGGAUGCAGAUUUUUGUGAAGACCCUCACUGGAAAGACCAUAACCUUGGAGGUAGAGAGUUCUGAUACAAUUGAUAAUGUGAAAGCAAAGAUUCAGGACAAGGAGGGCAUUCCUCCGGACCAGCAGAGGCUCAUAUUUGCUGGUAAGCAGCUUGAAGAUGGGAGGACUCUAGCGGAUUACAACAUUCAGAAGGAAUCGACUCUUCACCUUGUCCUGCGCCUCCGUGGUGGUUUCUGAAUUUCUGAAUGAUCGUGGUGGUGCCAUCCUGUCUGAGUAGUGAGCAGUCUACUGCUUUGAUUCUAGUUUUAUUUGGUUAUGUACUUGAUAUUUGAACUCUUUUAAAAUGGCCAAUGGAUGGCUCAUCUUUACAUCUUAUGACUAUUUUCUCUCCAGUUGAUAAAUAAAAGGCCAAGACAUUUAGUCUA